AUGGAUCCUGUAACUGUUCUUGGUGUCGCAGCAUCGGCCCUGCAGGUUGCUCAAUUUAUCGGGUCGACGAUUCAAGGCCUCCAUACCCUGAGGGGAAAGUUUAGAGAUGCAGAUACAACAAUCCGCCUUCUAAUCAGUAAGCUAUCUACAAUUAGAGCUGCUGUUUUCCAAAUAAGAGAUUGGGCCGAGUUCAAUUCGCAUGAUUCCCCAAAGGAAAGACAGUUCAUGGAUGGACUUCAUGUCGCUCUCGAUGGAUGCCAGGCUGCAAUUGAUGUACUUUCCGAAGAAAUCAAGGACCUCACGGUAACUACUAAAGACUCAAGUGUUGAAAUGCCAAUCAUACUUGGGAUGAGAGGGAGGGUGGCAGCAUUAUGGAGUGAAGAUACUAUGAAGGCUCAUGAAGAUAGAUUACACGGCCAAGUCCAGGCAUUGCAGCUUCUACUUAUGGCAGGACAAUGUCGAGAUGCAGGAACCCAAAAGUCGCUUUUGGCACUCAAAGAAAACCGAAGAUUGAUACAAAAGGUUGCCGACGAUACCAAAUCACUACGCGAAACACAGAGCUCCACAGCAUCACAGAUCUCAAGAAGCGCACGUCAAUCUAUAUUUGGGAGUAGUCUUGGAGGAUCAGUCUUUGAAUUUGAGCGCACACUACAACAGUCUCACCCAUAUAAUAAUAUAAAUUCAAUGUCCGAAACUCGAGAUAUCGCACGAACAAACAAUCAGCUACCCAACAUUAUUCACCAGAAGCCAGCCACAGACAAAACCUCUAGUGCUGAUGAAGGUUAUGAAACAGGAAUCACUCAAUCCGAACCCCGAUCUCCAGCAUCAUCAAAUCACUGCCUUAGUAUGGACACACGACCUUUCCUCGGUCAGACAAAACUGUUGCCGGAAUUCAACAAUUUUGACAUAUAUCGUAGUCGCAGCGUUACUUCAAAUUCCACCAAAUUAGAACCUAUGGUAAAACGAUGGCUUUCCUCGUCCUCCUCAUCCGGAGAAUCAUUAAAGCAGGAAGAUAAACUCAAUGGUCUUCGGAAGAAAAGAUUCUGGCCUAGUAGACUUGGGAAAAUUAAUACUCUCAGUGCUACCAGUCUAUUAACUAGUCCUGACCGAGCAAAGUCCGCCGGCCCGCAUUUCCCAACCGCUAAUAGAUUGAAACGGGGACAAGACGUGAAUUUUAAUCAAAGCAUUGAUUUUGGCUCACUAACCGGACUUCAGACGCCUGCUAUAGUGAGGGCAGCCCAGGCAGGAUCUGGUGUGGAGAUACAAGCUCUUUUGUCGAACGGCAACGAUAUAGAGGCUUUUCACGAUGCAACCCAAAGGACGGCUCUCGCAGUCGCUUCCCAUUGUGGUAAUGCUGGAUUGGUUGAUCUCUUGCUUGAAUGCAAUGCAGAUUUGACUACCCGAGACGUCAAUUUAGAUACCCCACUACACUUGGCAGCAUCUCGAGAUCACUACUCGACACUAAAAAUGCUACUUGACGAAGAUGUUGAUAUAGAAGUCAAAAACAAAGAUGGAUGGUCUCCACUCUGGGCGGCUGCAUAUGGUGGGCAUGUCAAAUCUGUCGAUAUAUUGGCAAAAAGGGGUGCAAAAAUCAACUCGAGAUCUAAUGAUCAAUGCACGGCUCUGCACGCAGCAGCGAAGCGGGGAGACAAGCAAAUGGCGGAGCUGCUAGUUCGUAACGGCGCCGACAUCGAGGCCAGAGAUAACCAAUUUAUGACUGCAUUGCAUUAUGCUUGUGAGUAUGGACACCAAAAUAUGGUUGACUACUUAUUCCAAAAAGGCGCCAACCUUGAGGUCCCAGGCAAUGUUUCUAGGUCCCCACUUCUUUGCGCAUCUGCAACCGGCCAAUUAGAAGUGGUGGAGUUUCUAUCGAAAAGAAAAGUUAAUCCGAAGAGCAUGGAUGAAAAGGGGGCUAAUGCUCUACACUGUGCCGCUCGGAACGGCCAUGUUGAAGUCGUGAAAUACUUGCUUGAUUGGAAAUUGCCGAUAUAUGAAGGUGACAUUGCUGGCUUGACACCGCUUCAUCUUGCUGUCAUCGGCCAACACUUCGGCGUUGUCGAAUUGUUACUACGAAGAAAAGCUGCUUUAGACCGUCGAUGCAGAGAAGGCCGAACACCAUUGCAUUAUGCCUGUGGGUCCGAUAGCCCAGACAUAGUCAGUUUAUUGCUCAGUGCUGGGGCUUAUGCCGAGGAGGAAACCAAGGGUGACAAUCGACGGCCAAUUCACAUUGCUGCUGCAAAAGGAUCUGUGCGUAUCGUCGAAGUACUUAAUGGGAAAGGAAUCGCAAUUGAUCAGCGGGACUCGGGGGGCAAUCGGGCACUUUGCAUUGCGUGUCAUCACGGGCAUGUCCAAAUUGUGGAGAAAUUAUUAUCGUACAACGAACCUCUAAGGAUGCGAUUCCGCGAUCGACCAAAUAAAGAUUCGCCUUUGUGCAUUGCUGCCAAAGCCGGCCAUCUCGAUGUUGUCAAACUGCUCUUGAAUAAGGGCGCAUCUGUCAAGGAACGUGAUGAGUUUGGCUAUAUUCCCUUACGAUAUGCUGCCUACUAUGGGCACCCGGAAGUCCUAGAGCUACUCAUGGAAGCAGGUGCCGAACUUUAUGAUGAAGGAGAGGACUCACAUGGCUGGGGAUUCUUGUUAAAGCCUGCAACAAUUGGAUUUUCUGAUACCACUGAUAUAUCAGAAGAUCGUAAACAUCACGUUCGCAAACUACUUGAUGAGAUGGAAAGGCGUCAUCAUGAAAGAGAUGACAUCAAAGACAAUAAACACCAGUCUAGCAGCGUAGCAGAGCUCGGUCGCGGACAGAGGAAUGACAUUUACCGAAAUAAUACAUUGGAUUUGCGACAAGAACUUGUGGGGUCUGUAUUGAGGACUGAACUACCAACUGAGCGAGGCGUAACAGAUAUCCAACCUCAAAAGUCGUCUGACUUAUCGCCAAGCUCUUUUCUCUCCCCACGUCAAGAUCGCAGAGGCAUUGGAAGGGGUGAGGCCAAACUUGAAGUAUCUCCGCUUAUGACUAUAUCUACAGAUGCGACCACACCUGAAGUCAAAGGUCCCAUCGAUGUUUCACAAAACCCAUCAACGAUCUUCGAUUCGCACCUGAUAGUGUCGAGAGAUAUCGCGGCGCUUAUUGCAGAAAGACAAGCAGAAAUUCAGCAAUUGCAGCAAUAUCUUUCAUCUAAUCAAAGUACGACUGAGACAAGCUUAAGCUCCGAAAAUUCACCUCAGGUUUAUGAGAUGUCCGCGGAUUGA